AUGCAUCUGGACACUGGGCGUUGGUACGCGUUGGUAUUGUUGACUGCUAUUCAGUUCAGGUGUUCAAAGUGUGCCGUUGACAACAGACUGUUGGAUGAAGAAGAAACGUUGGCCGGUCAUUCCAUACUCGACACAUUGCCUCGAUACGUUUUGUAUGAUGUCAACAAACCCGAAGGAUUUAAUUUACGCCGUGAUGUGUUCAUACGAAUGGCAUCUUUUAUACAUCAUAUGAAUAAGGUGUCUGAUUAUCAAUGGAUUUUGGUGUUGCCACCAUGGCAUCGCUUGUAUCAUUGGAGAUCAUCAAAUCUUGUGCAGGACUGUCUUCCAUGGAGUCUAUUUUUUAACGUGGAUUCCAUUAAAAAAAGUACUCCAGUUGUUGAAUUACAUGAAUUUUUCCAAAUGAAUGGAUUAAGACCAUUGGAUGCCCAAGUUACGUUACAAGAUUUUAAUGUGAAGUCAUUUGAACAAUACCCAGACUUUUCAGACAAAUGGGAAGUAGCCAAUUGCAAAGAUCGAGUCCAAAAAGAAUUUUGGAACCUGAACAACCUUACAUUUACCAAAUCAUUAUGUAUAUCAUUCCAAGGAAUUUCCACUCUACUAGCUGACAUUGUUCAGGAGUUACAACCAAGAACUAUUAUAUUUGACCAUGCGGAGUUGGCCUUGCACAAUUAUUAUGGUGGGCAAGAGUAUUGGAUGAUUAGAAAAAGUAUGCAAUUCAGCAAAAACCUGCAUGAAAUUGCUAAGGAGUUUAAGAAUAGAAAUUUAAAACAAGAUUACUUGUGUGCACACUUGCGUCGCAGAGAUUUUUUAUACGGCCAUCCUAGUGAUGUACCCAGUAUAAAUGAUACAGCUAGACAGAUUAAAGAGAAAUUAAUUUUGUUGAAUAUUAAAACAGUUUUUGUAGCUACUGAUACUUCAAAAACAGAAGUUGAAGAACUUAAAAAUUAUUUACAACCUUAUCAAAUGUUUAAAUUUGAAGCUGAUAAGAAAACCUUGAACAAUUUUUUAGAUGGUGGGGUAGCAAUAAUUGAUCAAAUAAUAUGUUCACAAGCAAACUAUUUCAUUGGAACAUCCAAAUCCACGUUUUCAUUCCGAAUUCAAGAGGAGAGAGAAAUUUUUGGAUUGCCAAUAGAAACUACUUUCAAUAGCUUUUGUGGGGACAACAUUGAGUGUACACAGCCUACUAAAUGGAGACUUGUUGAAUAA